GACUGCACUAAAUGUUAGUGUAUCUGUGGACAUCGGUCGCGCGUGUGCCUGCGAGGUUGUGCGAGUCGUAUGGAAUCAAUUAGAUCUAAAUUUCGGAUGACUUGUAGACGAAAAUAGUGUAGUGAAAAUGAUAUUGCUAAUUAGGUAGAACAAACGCAAUAACCAUAUUUUUGAACCAUAUAGGUGUUUAUUUUGUGUUAAGUGUCAGUAUUCAGUGAGUAUUAUGAACUUUGAGGACUAUGAAACGCUGCCGACCCAGAACCCCGUGACACACAUGACGGCCGGGGCCGUGGCGGGCGUGAUGGAGCACUGCAUCAUGUACCCGCUCGACUCCGUGAAGACGCGGAUGCAGUCGCUCCGGACGGCCCACAACAGCUCCAUAACGGAGACCUUCCGACACAUGGUCCGGCGGGAAGGCUUGCUCAGGCCAAUCCGCGGCAUGUCAGCAGUGGUGCUCGGCGCCGGGCCCGCGCACGCGUGCUUCUUCGCCACCUACGAGCACAGCAAACACACGCUCGCGCACCUAACCAGGCAUAGGCACGACCACCUCACACACGGGUUGUCCGGUUGUCUGGCGUCGCUAGUACACGACGCAGUCUCCAAUCCGGCAGAAGUGGUAAAACAACGGCUGCAGAUGCUGAACUCGCCCUACAGAAGCGUGUGGGAGUGCGCGCGGCGGAUCUACAAGGCUGAGGGGAUACGGGCCUUCUACCGGUCGUACAGCACGCAGGUCGUCAUGAACGUGCCCUUCCAGUCGGUCCACUUCGUGACGUACGAGUGGUGCCAGUCGCUCGUGAACCCGACGCGCAAGUACGACCCUGGCGCGCACGCGCUGUCCGGCGCGUGCGCGGGCGCGCUGGCCGCCGCCGCCACCACGCCGCUCGACGUGUGCAAGACCGUGCUCAACACGCAGGAGGUGGCGGGCGGCGCGGACGGGCUGGUGCAGGCGGCGGCGCUGGUGCUGCGCGCGACGGGCCCGCUCGGCUUCUUCAAGGGCGCCUCCGCGCGCGUGCUGUACCAGAUGCCGGCCGCCGCCAUCUGCUGGCUCACCUACGAGACGCUCAAGCACCUGCUCACCCAGGGCGCCUCCGCGCUCGUGCUGUACCAGAUGCCGGCCGCCGCCAUCUGCUGGCUCACCUACGAGACGCUCAAGCACCUGCUCACCCAGGGCGCCUCCGCGCGCGUGCUGUACCAGAUGCCGGCCGCCGCCAUCUGCUGGCUCACCUACGAGACGCUCAAGCACCUGCUCACCCAGAUGCCGGCCGCCGCCAUCUGCUGGCUCACCUACGAGACGCUCAAGCACCUGCUCACCCAGGGCGCCUCCGCGCGCGUGCUGUACCAGAUGCCGGCCGCCGCCAUCUGCUGGCUCACCUACGAGACGCUCAAGCACCUGCUCACCCAGGGCGCCUCCGCGCGCGUGCUGUACCAGAUGCCGGCCGCCGCCAUCUGCUGGCUCACCUACGAGACGCUCAAGCACCUGCUCACCCAGGGCGCCUCCGCGCGCGUGCUGUACCAGAUGCCGGCCGCCGCCAUCUGCUGGCUCACCUACGAGACGCUCAAGCACCUGCUCACCCAGGGCGCCUCCGCGCGCGUGCUGUACCAGAUGCCGGCCGCCGCCAUCUGCUGGCUCACCUACGAGACGCUCAAGCACCUGCUCACCCAGGGCGCCUCCGCGCGCGUGCUGUACCAGAUGCCGGCCGCCGCCAUCUGCUGGCUCACCUACGAGACGCUCAAGCACCUGCUCACCCAGGGCGCCUCCGCGCGCGUGCUGUACCAGAUGCCGGCCGCCGCCAUCUGCUGGCUCACCUACGAGACGCUCAAGCACCUGCUCACCCAGGGCGCCUCCGCGCGCGUGCUGUACCAGAUGCCGGCCGCCGCCAUCUGCUGGCUCACCUACGAGACGCUCAAGCACCUGCUCACCCAGGAGCCCCGCGACGAACCGCACGCGACGAGCGCGCCCGCCACGCCGCUGGUGGGCGCCGCGCUGCGCCUCGCCGCCGCCGACGUGCCCGCGCCGCUCACGCGCACGUAGCCACCCCCACCCCACCCCACCCCCUACUGUAGCGACGCGACAACUCCCGACACGACACAACCAGACCGGAUUCAACUAACUACACGAUAUUUGACGAAGGAAAUUAAAAUUAUUUAAAUUAAACGAGGCACAAUUACCUGCAAUAAUAUCUUGCGCAAAGUAGGUAGAACCAUAAGGGUAGAAUCAUAUAUUGCGACAUAAUUUGUUCUGUAAGAUAUCUUACGUACGUACACGAACAAAAUACGAUGUAGAACUUGCAGCCGAGCCGCUGUUUUUGUUACAGUUCACAAAUAGGUACAGUCGACGUCAAAGAUAUGUUUACAUUUUUCGCCUUAUUACAAAGGAGUAAAAUGCAAAAGUGUAAACAUAUUUUUGACGUCGACUGUAUACAUCUAAACACAUUAGAAUCAAAAGAAAUAAUGAUAAAACAUUAAAAAUGUCACAAUGAAAUAUACAUAAAUCAUUAAGUAAUUACCUACCUUUGGCAACUGCGACCCGAUCUGGUUAAAAAUUCGAGAGAAGUCAAACAAUUAUCUAUAAUUUUUAAACAGUUAUUCCUUUAAAAUGCAAUUCACACAUUAUUUCUGAUACUUACCCAAUUACUAAAAAAUGUGAAGCAGUACCAAACUUCAAUCCUAAUUACAAGUAUAGUAUUUCUCCAUGGUUGUCGCGGCGUUGUUGUUUUGUUUGGAUUUGAUAUUUGUCUGUGAUGUUGUUUUUUAAUGAAGUGUUAGUAUUUACGAUCAAAAUUAUGUGAGCGCUUGUUUAAUGUGAGCCUGUAAACCGACCAACACACCGAAUAUAAUGAAAAAAAUAUGAGUUAUAUUGGGCUUAUAAAAUUUGGCUUCGUUGAUCGGUAUUUCUAAUUAUAAUCGAUCAACUAAAUGUUCGUAUUCCUACGCUUAAAGGUGAGUCUACCUUAAGUUAGUAUAGCAGAGACGCGUACAUAAUAAAAACUGCUAAUCGUCAUACAAAUUGCAUUCAUUAUAAUAUAUGAAAUCCACUACGCUAUAAUAUUUAUUAGAGACGUUGAAAAUGAUUCAAUUUAGGGAAAAUCGUAAUAUAUUUCGAAAUGCAACUUGUAUGAAGAUUAGUUGUAUGUUGUUGUCUCUAAUAUAAAAUAAGCACGACGCCAGUAUUAAGCAUCGUCACUCGUCACGCCAUUCAUAAAAUGUUGUCAUUUACUCACAUUGAGCAAGUCAUAGCCCGAAGACAAAAUGACGUAUACGCCAAUACGUUUGUUACGCCGUUUUGCCUUCUAACGCUGUGAUAUUUGAACCUAUAUUAUAAUAGCUGUAUUAUAUGUUCAUCCUUUUGCUAUUUUCAAGUAAUUUGGCAACGCUUGUGAAGCGUUAUAAAACAUUUCGCGCGGUUGAAAUUAAAACUUUAGCUGCGCAAUAAACGCCAGAUCGAGUCAAUUGAAUUUGGACUAUAUUUUGUAUGACGGUAGGGCUAGAGUUGCGUGAUAUGGGACCGCUGGCGGUUUAAUAGCUAUCGCUAUUUCAUUCAUUGUGAUGGCACAACUGGCGCAUACUCCACCGAAAAGAGCCAUGCUCUUAAAUUUUGAUGAUGAUUGGCACAAAGAGCGUUUAAAGAUUUUACAAAAAAUAAGUAGUAAGUACCUUUACUUUUUCCGAAACACUACCAAAUUUUGGGUUAGUUUUACUCAGAAUCACGAGGACUAUUAAUAGAUAUUGAUGAAAAAAAUUGUUCCCAGUUACUCGUACUAUAGUUCCGACUUUGGACGCGUUUCACGUAUAUUUUGCAUGGAUAAAAAAAUUUGAACAUUGAGCAGAAAGUAACUCAAAAGUUGUUUAUAUUUCGGAAAAAAGUAAAUGGCAAGUACUUAUAUUUUUUCUGAAAAAACUUUAAACAAGUAGAAACGAGUAAAGUAGUGUGCAACUCUAGUCGUGCCGCACCAGUGGGCGACCACUUUAAACGCCACGAGUCGUCCGAGACGACGGAUCGAAACAGCCGCAAGUGCCCGUCUACUAAUUACUAAUAUAAUAUAUAUAUAAAUAAAUUGUAUAAAUCAUGUAAGCGAAGUGUACAUACAUAGUUCCAAGUGUUACCAUGUAAAUUUAAAUUUAUUUGUUAGAUUUUAGUUGCGGCGUUGAGCGUUUUGGGAAAAAUGUCUUGUUGAUGGUAAGCGGGUGAGAACCGACAGAUUGCUUUAACAUAUCGACAGUUUUCUUAGUCGAUUUUUCUGAAAGGUCUUUACUAUGAAGGAAAGAAAAUAUUCAUAAUACAUCUGUCGGGAUUUCGCCGUUUAAAUAGUUGGUUGUGACACGGAAAACUUUAUUAAUAACUGUGCAAAGUCUACACUCGAGAGAAAAACUGGUCUCUGUAUGAAAUUUCCAUGAAAAGGGACUAGUUUUUAAUGAUCUUGAAUGUAAUAUGAAUUAGUGGCGUCAGGACAGUAAUAUCAAAAUCUGGUUAAAUUUGGUAAAGACGAACUAGUAUUUAUUAUUGAAAUUAACGCCAAUAAUUCUAGUAGGACUUUGUACGUUAUUUCCGUUUUCUGUGGCUGUAAGGAUAUUUGGUGAUGGUUUAGGCACAACGUAUGUAUUUGCCCUUUUCAAGACCCUCUCCACAUUAAAAUGGGGAAUAUGUUUGAAUAGGGACGCCGUUUAUUUCAUAAGAAGUAAUUUGAUAUUCCGUGCUACUUACAAUUUCAAAUUUUAAAAUCUUAUGCUUGUAAAAUCGUCAAGUAUCAUGCCCUGAUUCGUCAAAUAAAUUACAUUUGGGUGAUUUUAGACAAGGUAUCUUAGCACGGUAUCUUGACUUUCGCACAACACAAUAUAUUCAUAAUAAUUGUUUUAUUAGUUUUACGUAUGUGUGGGUGGGGCGUACACAGUGCGAUGCUGUUUCGACUCAGUGAGAUGUAGGCUAGGAACUAGGGGUCACGCCCGUGACGUGACCUCACUAUUGACUACAAUUAAUUAUACACUUUACAUUCUUUCACUGAUUGCUAUAAUCUGCGCUGCCCUUCGCUUUCUUUAAACACAAAUAAUAACUGUAAUCUGUAUACUAAAUUGCGGCUCAUAUAGAUGACGAGACAUAUUUGUCUUAUAUUUUGUAUAAAUCUUUGACCCUUGCUAAUAUUUCCCUAUCAAGCUCAGUAAUAAUAAAUGCGCAAAGCAAAGCGUUGUAUAAAAUAUAAGGGAACCUUGAUAAGCGCCAUCUGUAGCUGUAGUGGACGCAACUUUUUAUUGAGAUUACCAGUUGUUAUUAUUAACUUAUCUUUGCGUAAAUUUUGUAUAAAAGCCAAAUAUAACUAUAACUAGUCGGUUAUAGCAAUAGGUGAAACAAUAAUUUGUUAAAAUGAAUAAAUAGUGUUAAAAUGAAAUUAUAAUACUUAACAUAGCUCGGGAGGGAACUCCUUAUAUUUUUGUUGGGACGCAGUGUACAUAUUGGUUAGACACCGACAUACUUAUCUGUAAUAUCCGUAUAUUUAAGAAAUUAUUGUACAUAGAUUAUCUACUAAACUUGUUAGAACAUUGGUUUCUGAACGAGUGUGCAAUGCAAUUGGAACCUUAUUAUAAGCGUAUUAUAAAAUGUCAUUAGGUUAUUGGCGUUUAUAAAACGACCUUGUAGUGGUAGAUAUUUUUUUUAUAAUGGCAAAUUUAUUGUAACUUUGUCGAACAAAGUUGGACUGUGGCACUCGACGUAAUUUACGCGAAUAUUUUAACAAGUUAAAUUAAUUUUAGAAAUGAAACUCAACUUCGUUGCACACUCACAGUUCCUGAAGACAAAAAAACCACAAAAAAUCAACGACAACAAUAUUCCUCCACGUCCCCUGCACUAGUAAUAUGGCGGCCAUUUUGUUGUAUACAGGGUGUCUGAGGAUCCUAUCACGAAAAUCGAAAUUUCUUUAUCUGCCUGUCUAUCGCUCUUGCAUAUUCGAGCGAUAGAGAGGCAGGUAACGAAGACUCGUGUUUCGCGGAAGGCUCUCCGAGUUUAGUGAGCGCGGUGCUAGCGGCGGGCAGGCUACUACUGUCAAGUGUCAUUUGGCUGUGCUCGUUAUUUGAUGACAUGUCAGCGUUACGUUAUGUAAUGAAAGGUGCAUUUACAGUGGGUCAUUUACCUAAUCCUUUUCAAACUUCACCGAUAAUCGCAUGAGAUUUGUGAUACAUUGCGGCUUUUGAUCGAUCGAUUCAAUUCGUUGAUCCUACGUAGCCGGCAAUCAUUUAAAAUCGCAUGCCAUGUUGCAACGUCUGUAGAAGCCUUAAUGUAGGGGUUUCCAGGCAACCGAUUGAUGCGGCGAAUGACGCAGUGUCAUUGCACUUUUAUUCUCGGCAUUUACUUUCUCAUUUUAUUUUACGAUGGCUUAUUUAUUAUAUAACUGAUGCUUUUUUAAGUUAUUUAUUUAUAAAGAUUUUUAUUGUUGACUGUUAUAAUUUUCAAGCAUUAGUCAGAUCGAAAGUCGGAAUAAGACUAUAGUCAUUAAAACGUUUUAAUAUCUUUCAGUUCUAUAAAGAAUAUUAUUAAAGCUGUAGUCCUGUUGAGGUUAUUGAAAAUUAUUUCAAAAAAUAUAUUGAUUUUUUUUUUAUUGAACCUAACGUAAUUUAGUUUUUGGCUUUUAAGUAGGUAUGUGAAUAAGUGCUGAGAGUUCUCGUUAACUUUUAUUAUUAGACAUGAAUCCGUGAAUAUUAUUUUUGUUAAAAUGGCGCCCGACCCGCCGCGAGGAGUGAAUUACUUGUAUAAUUGUUUCUGUACAUUAUAAUUGUAUUUGUUAUAUUUAUGAGUUGUAUUGUAUAGCAGGUAAAUUAAGCGUUGUACCGUAGAUCCGUAGGCUAUGGCCCUGUUAUGUGAAAAGUGCAAAUGUUUUGAAAAAAAAAUGCAAAUCGAAAAUAGUAAUAAACAGUUGGACAAUA